GAAAUAAACCUCAAACAAAACCUAUCAGGAAUACACGUGCAGAGAGAGAUAUUCUACACGAUAAAGGAUGGAAAGAUUGUUGAACUGAAAGGGAAACCAAAGAAGGAAGAAGUGAAAGUAGAAGGAGAGGGAAAGAGAGUGGUGAUAGGUGGUGAACCGUUUGUGGUUCCUUAUCGCGAGAAAGGUGGUGAGAAGAAGACAGAAGGAGAGGGGAAAGAAGAAUUUGAAAGAAUGUCUGUAGAAGAUAUUAGGAAUAUUCCCAGGUUCAAGGAUUAUGAACGGGGGCAGCCUUCCAAGGUGCUGUACUUGAAAAAUCUCUCGCGUACCAUUGAUGAACAAGAUUUGGUAAAGUUGUUCUCGAAAUAUCAGAACGACAAAGAAGCUCACAUUGUUUACCGAUUGAUGACUGGAAGAAUGAGUGGACAAGCGUUUGUGACUUUUUCAAGUAUCAAACAAGCAGCUCUAGCACUAGAUGAAGUAUUUGGUGUUGUUCUGAAAGGCAAGCCAAUCGUCAUACAAUUUGGACGCAACACCUGAUACCUAUCCAGUAAAAUAAUUUUGGAUUUAAUCAAUUAUCUUUCCAAUGAAGCAAUGAAUGAGCAGGAGUGAUUCCAAGGCCUACCUGUGAAACAAUGAAUGAACAUUGUUUAUUUCAAGGCCUAUGAAACAAUGAAUGUACCUAUAUUGUUUGUCUUAGUCUAAGGCCUAUGAAACAAAGAAUGAACAUUGUCUAUUUCAAGGUCCUAGUCCUUGGCCUAUGAAACAAUGAAUUAACAUUGUUUCAUAGGCUUUGACAAUCAAUGUCGUCGACAAACAUAGCCUAUAUUUUGCACUAUGAUGAAAAAUGAUUGAACAAUGUAGGUUGGACUAAAAUUGUAUAUAAAUUGUACACGUGAAAGAUUUAUAUUAUCUAAAGUGAGGUCCACGUUAUAAUGGGAGUGGAGAAAGAUAGGUGAAAAAAGUUGCCGAU